AAGUUCUCAGAAAAAAGAAAUAGAAAGUACUGCAAAAUAUCAAUUUGCACAGAUGGACAGACCAAAUAUUAUAUAUUUACUAUGGUAGCAAUGUUUGUUGCAGUUAAGGAAAAGUUUGUUUAAGGAAUAUUUUAACAAGAGCUGCCUGAAUAACGAGAUGUCAGAUGAAAUUCAUGCAUGCAACACCUUAGUAGGUCAACACCAGAGGAUAAAUGACCCAAAUGUUUAAGGUCAAUUUCACUUUCAAAGUGACUUAACUAUCAAUGUGUCAACAUCGAGUACAGUGUUAAGCCGGUGUGGGUGGUGAGUCAAUGGGUUUGUAAUAUCAGUCAAGGACGAGAAGGGAUAUCAUAAUCAUCAAGAACCUGCAGCUGCCGAAUUUUUAAGAAUGCACCUAUAUAUACUAGAUUUGUACCAGAUUACUAUGGCCUAUGCCUACUGGAAAAGUGGAAAGAGGAAUGAAACAGCUGUCUUUGAUCUGUAUUUUAGGAAAAAUCCAUUUAAAGGAGAGUUCACUGUAUUUGCUGGUCUGGAAGAGUGCAUUAAAUUUGUCAAAAACUUCAAAUUCUCAGUCAGUGAUAUCAACUACUUAAAAACAGUUUUACCCGAAAAUAUUGAGGGUGAAUUUUUUGAUUAUCUUCAAAAUCUAACAACUGACGAGGUACGACUAAUAGCAAUAGAUGAAGGAAUGGUAGUUUUCCCCAAAGUUCCCCUCAUCUCCAUAGAGGGACCUCUCCCCGUGGUUCAGCUAAUGGAGACACCUCUACUGAAUCUCGUUAAUUAUGCCAGUUUAGUGGCCACUAAUGGGAUGCGGUUCCGGCUAGCGGCUGGGCAGAACAAGACACUCCUGGAAUUUGGCCUCCGUAGAGCCCAGGGUCCAGACGGGGCCCUCUCAGCCUCCAGAUACUGCUACAUGGGUGGUUUUGACGGAACAAGCAAUGUGCUGGCUGGGAAGCUGUACAACAUUCCAGUGAGGGGUACUCAUGCCCAUGCCUUCGUCACCUCGUACUCCAGUUUGUCAGAUGUCCAGGAGAAGGAAUUGUUAAACAAAAAAACAAGUCAGGCAGAAAAAUUUACCCCUGUAUGUAUAAAAUGGCAGAAGAAGUUAGCACCUGUGUUAGAUUUUCUUGCUGACCAAGCAUCAGAAGGGGAGCUAGCCGCUUUCAUGUCUUACGCCCUCGCCUUCCCUAAUGGUUUCCUAGCUUUGAUUGACACUUAUGAUGUCAUCAGGUCUGGCCUGCCAAACUUCUGUACUGUUGCUAUGGCUCUGAGUGACUUUGGGUAUGAACCCCGAGGAAUUCGACUGGACAGUGGUGAUUUGGCAUACUUAUCAACGGUUGUCAGGGAGAAAUUUAGGAAGAUAGCGGACAAAUUUGAAGUGCCUUGGUUUUCUGAAUUGACCAUAGUGGCCAGUAACGAUAUUAAUGAGGACACUAUUCAUUCCUUAAAUCAACAGGGUCAUGAAAUAGACAGCUUUGGAGUUGGAACUCAUCUAGUCACUUGUCAGAAGCAGCCAGCUUUGGGCGGCGUAUACAAGCUGGUGGAGAUCAACCGGACACCGCGGAUAAAGCUGAGCGAAGAUGUGGAGAAGGUGACCAUUCCAGGGCGGAAGCAGGCCUACCGCUUGUUUGGAGCGGACGGUAAUGCUCUGGUGGACCUGAUGAUGCAGCCAUCUGAGGAGCCUCCUAAACCCGGACAGAGAGUUCUGUGUAGACACCCAUUCCAGGAAUCUAGAAGGGCCUAUGUGAUACCUGCUAAAGUAGAGCUACUCCAUAAAUGUUACUGGGACAUGGGCAAGGUGGUACAACCAUUGCUUUCACUGUGUGACCUUAGAACCAAGGCCCUCAACUCUCUAAAAACCAUUAGAAUUGACCACAAGAGGGUGCUUAACCCAACACCAUACAAGGUUUCAGUUAGCAGUCAAUUAUACACCUUUAUGCAUGAACUGUGGCUACAGAAUGCCCCAAUAGGAGAGCUGUCCUAGACUUUUACCUCCUGACCUUAAGGUCAAUCCUACUAAUUGUCCAAUCAGGAUUAAGAUAACAAGACCAGCAAUACAGCCAUUUAGUGACAAACCACUGAAUUGUGGGGAUAGUUUUUAUUGUGUAUACCGUAGGACGUCUUUGCUCCCGACUUCAUGGAUAAUCUGCUGACUCUACAGACCUUGUUUUGUGUGCAAUAUUUGUAGUAAUAUUUUGUUCAAAAUAUAUUUGGAUUACUUUAAUUUCUUGUCAGGACUAUGGAUAUUACCAUCAUGUUAUAUUUUAUGACAACAGUCAGGUUUUAUGAUUUUAUAGAAUUUUAUAUUUUUAGUU